AUGAACUUUCGUUAUUUUGGACUAGCUUACGCACGAGAUGUCAACCAAGACGCUGAGUCGUACUCUGCCGCAGCAGGAGACGUUACACGCAUCAUCGGGGGAAAUGUGACCACCGUGGAGAAAUACCCUUUCGCUGUGCAGAUCCUGUACAUGUCCCAGCUGUGUUGUGGGGGCUCACUGAUCACAAUGUGGCACGUGCUCACCGCUGCGCAUUGCUUCUUUAAUCAGUAUGGUCAACUAAUUAAUCCAGCAUUAGUCAGCGCAAGAAUAGGAUCUUCAUAUGCUAAUAGAGGUGGAACCGUACACCAAGUGUCGCAGAUAGUUGUGCACGACUCGUACAACACGCCGAUACGCGAUAAUGACGUGGCAGUCAUGACAUUGGCUAGCUCCGUGCGACUCUCUUCCUCGGUGGCUCUUGCGGUGCUACCCAUCCAAGACUCUGAGGUUCCAGAUAACGAGCCAGUGGUGCUCAUCGGCUGGGGAAGGACCAAUGCAUCAGUGGCGCAAGGGUCGGAGAGUCUGAAGGAGGUGGAGGUGUACUCUAUACCACGCGACACGUGUCGCGUGCGCUACGAGUUCCUGGAGAGCUACAGUAAUCAACCCUUUCCUGUCACCGAAAACAUGAUAUGUGUAGGCAUACUCAAUGUCGGCGGCAAGGACGCAUGCCAAGGAGACAGUGGCGGACCGGUGUUACACCGCGGCGUGGUGGUGGGGAUCACAUCGUGGGGGUGGGGUUGUGCGGAGGCGCAGUUCCCGGGCGUCAACACUCGUGUGUCCUCCUAUACCUCCUGGAUCAACAGCACCGUGCGUGAACAUAUCGCCUCGAGAUCAUCCGACAUAAAAACAACUAUUAUAACACCGCUUUUGUGAUGAUGCUCAUUUGUUGUUCCUACUAAAAAGUUCGAUCGGCUUCUUGAGUGCUAGUCAUGUUGAAAUGAUUUUGGGAAAAUUGAUUUGAUUGUAAAAUGGAGUGUUACGAAUAUAACGUUUAACUUAAUAGCAAGUAUUUUGAAUUUCUGGAUUAACUUGCAAAGUACAUUAAAUAGUUUGACACUCA